AUGCACGUGAAACCCAAGCGCCGCCCACAAGGCAAACCAGCCAACAAGAGACUGAACAUUAGCAUGCUUAAGCAAGACUCUGUGAGGAGCACACUCAGUGACAACCUUGACAGCAAGCUCAGGGAUCUGGACCUUUCCGUAAAAGAUACAGAGCUCUCCAAGUCUGCUGCAAAGAAAGCAGUCUACAAUGCCAUCAAGAACAGAUUACAGGCCAAGUUGAGGGAAAUGCAGGACUCGUGGCUCAGUGGCAAGGCAGACGAGAUACAGAAGUUUGCAGACCAGAACAACACAAAGUGCUUCUACGAUGCCCUGAAGGCCAUCUACGGGCCUCCCCGUUCUGGAACUUCACCACUGCUAGCCGCAGAUGGUGCCACCCUACUGACCGACAAGGAUAAAAUCCUGGCAAGGUGGGCUGAGCACUUCAUAAAGGUCUUAAAUCAACCCUCCUCCAUUGAUGAUGAUGUCAUCAACGACAUGCCUCAAGUACCUGUCAAUAGCUCUCUGGAUGAACCUCCAACUGAACUGGAGGUCCAUCAUGCAAUUCAGCGUCUCUCAAACGGCAAAGCACCGGGUUCUGACUCCAUCCCAGCCGAAGUAUACAAGGCAGGGGGACCAGUCUUGGUGGAGAAACUUACAGAGCUAUUUCAGUCCCAGUGGCAGAAGAAUGAAAUCCCGCAGGAAUUUAAAGAUGCGUCAAUUGUACACCUUUACAAAAGGAAAGGUAACAGACAGUCCUGUGAUAACCACAGAGGAAAUUCCUUACUCGUCAUAGCAGGGAAAAUUCUUGCUAGAGUUCUCCUGGACCGACUCAUCCAGCACAUGGAUGCACACCUGCCUGAGAGUCAGUGUGGUUUCCGUAAAGGACGAGGAACAACUGACAUGAUAUUUGCUGCGAGGCAGCUUCAAGAGAAGUGUCAAGAGCAGAACAGGGAUCUUUACACAACAUUUGUCGAUCUGACAAAAGCUUUCGACAAUGUGAAUCGAGAGGGAUUGUGGAAGAUUAUGGGAAAGUAUGGCUGCCCUAGCAAAUUCAUCAGCAUGGUGCGUCAAUUCCAUGACGGAAUGCAGGCCAGAGUGCUAGAUGCUGGUGACUCAUCCGACGCUUUUGCAGUGACAAAUUGA